CAGCCACUUCGACGUGCGCAUGGACGGCAACGACAACGCGGUUCACCGCCGCAAGGGUGUCAGCGCCAUGACCCACGUCGCCGCCAUGGUUGAUGACGACGACGUGCAGGCGGCUGCGCGCCGCAAGGGCUUGCACGUCGUCAACGUCGCGUGGGAAGACUGCGCGCGCUUCAUCGACAGGUGCUGGGGGCCGUGCAUCUCGGACAUGACGCUCGUCACCCGUCGCACUCGUAUGCCUGUGCUUCGCGCGCCCAACUUUCAAGAUCCCAUUAUGCGCAUCCCGACGCGCCAGAUCAUGCUCACUGUCGGGAACGAGUCGCCGUACGAGGACGCGCCGUUGACCAAGAUCUCGCUCCAAGAGUACCUCGAGACGAUCACCAAGUACACGGAGCUCGAGCACAGCAUAUACGCGCCGCAGCACGACGACCAAGCGGUCGUGAGCACGCAAGCGUGCUUCUUGCCGAUCGAGAAGGAGGCCGAGAGCAAGACGGAGUUUCACGUUGGCUUGUUCAACUACCAGUCGCGGGCGGAUGACCCGGCCGUGCUCGUCUUGGUCUGCACGGACGCUGGCACAAGUGCUCAAGUCGUGAGCCAGCGCGACACGGCCCUCUUCUGCAACCACCACGGCUUGAAGCACUCGUUUGCAGCGGAGCGCUUGUCCCAAGACCGCGCCAAGCGAGGGGUCGACGCCGCCGAUGUCGCCAUGACAGCAGACGAAGAAGCACGCAACUACGUCAUGAUUGUCCAGAUUCCACUGCAGCAAAAGCCGAAACCCACGCUACGAAAGGUCGCUCGUUCCCGCAGCGCGAGGCCAAAUAACGUGGUCGCACCGUCAAGAGUGGACGUCGAAGCUGCGAUCAUCAGCAUCAGUGACGACGCCAAGGGCCCGUACCCCAAGCUGAGCCGCUUCAGCCACGUGCAGCGAGACACGAGGUACCCGCUCCGCGUCACGGUGCAGUUUUAUCAAGCGACGAGCAAUGGGCGUGUGACACCCAACGUGGUGCGGGCACUGGCCAAGAAGAUGGCGUCGGUCAAGGCCAAUGCGACGUGGUGGGGCUCCCUCGUCACGGCCAAUGCGUCGAGCUCCGGUGUCCCGAGCUUUGUUGCCAAGAAGCAGGGCGCGAAACGCAAGCAUGUUUAAGCCGUCGAUUUUACUUGUUUUGUCGGUCGA